CAUAUCAGUUGGAUCCAUCGAAAACUAAAUUCUAGUCAAAAUGAAAAUAACUGUCGGAGUUUUAGCAUUUCUGCUGGCGGCUAGUGUUUCGGCCGCACCACAAGGAUCACCCACUACUCCGAUUCCAAUAGUGUCCGAAUCAGCCAGUCGCUCCCCGGACGGAUCGUUUAGUUACGCUUAUGAAACCGGUAACGGAAUCAAGGUUGAUGAUCAGGGUGAACUCAAAGUAUUACAAGUGGAAAAGGAAGAUGGUACGGGAACGGUAGAGGGGGUGGUGUCGGUGCAACGUGGAAGCUACUCAUACACCGCUCCCGAUGGAACCCCCAUCAGUGUCCAGUGGACGGCAGACGAAAAUGGUUUCAAAGCCCAAGGAGAUCAUCUGCCGGUGGCACCCAGUCCUAGUUCCUAAGCCGGUUGUAAUUUUGAAAUAGGUGGGAGUGGAAGAGAAAUUGGUAAUAAUGGUGGUAAUAAAA